AUGAAGGAUCUUUGGGUUAUUUAUUUGAUUGAUAUUUUCUUCACGGUGUCUCAAGCUUUUAAUUUUUCGCUGAAUUAUCACGCAGAAUUAGAAUUUGAUAAUGUAAAGUCAAAUAACGAACUGUUAGCUGAGUACACGGCUCAGUCGUUGUUUGUCUUUCCUACUAAUUGUAAGGACCUAUAUGAUAAUGGUCAGUCUUAUUCUGGUGUAUAUGAAAUUUAUCCAUAUUGUACUGCCUCACAUCCAGUCAGAGUUUACUGCGACAUGGAAACAAUGAAUGGAGGAUGGACGGCUAUCCAAAAACGAGUUCUUGGAUCUGUAAGCUUUAACAGGAACUGGGAAGAAUAUAAGAAUGGUUUUGGUGCCCCGGAACACGAUUUUUGGAUUGGAAAUGAGGUUAUUCACCAGUUAACCAAGGGAAACAACUCGUACCUUUACGUUUCCAUCACACACCAGGAUGGAAGGAGACUGUAUGAGUUGUACGAACGAUUCUCUGUUCUCAGUGAAACAGAAAAAUAUAGACUUUUUCUGGCUGGAAAUACCACGGGCACAUUAGGAGACCAGAUGUUAAACACUUCGGAUUCCAUCUCUGAUUUGUCUGGGAUGUACUUCUCCACCUUGGACAGAGAUAACGAUGGAUGGAUUGAGGGAGACUGUUCUGCUGAUCAUGGAGGAGGGGGAUGGUGGUUUAACGAAUGUUACCUCGCCUUUCUCAAUGGUCCCUGGUUAUCAGAGGAAUGGAGAGCACCCUGGUUUCCAAAAGUUGUGUCAGGGGCAUCUAUGAGGAUGAAAAAAGGGGUGAAAAACAGUUGA